AUGCCAGAAACAAUCCGCUUCGACAACAUGUCCGAGUCAAUUUCCCACGACUACUAUCCUCUGGACCUGCCUCUCCCGCAUUUCCUACCGAACAAAGACACGCCUUUUACUCUGAUAUUUCAGUUCGCAAUUCUCUGGCUAUCUGUCUUGGGAGCAGCCUUUAUCACGAUUCGACGCAUUCGUCCGACAGCGACUAAAUCAGACCAGCUGGCGUUUCUUUGGAUGUGUUUGACUGGCUGCAUCCACUUCUUCUUCGAAGCGUACUUUGUCAUCAAGAACCCUAGCUUAGCCGGUUCAGAUACCCUCUUUGGUCAGCUUUGGAAGGAAUACUCUCUGUCUGACUCUCGUUAUUUAACCUCCGACACGUUCCUGGUGUGCAUGGAGGCCGUCACGGCUGGAGCAUGGGGUCCUCUCUCCUUCCUCACAGCCUACUUCAUUCUCAAACAACAUCCUGCUCGCCACGCGUGCCAGCUCAUACUCUCCACGGGUCAGAUCUACGGCGACGUGCUGUACUACGCUACUAGUCUGAUGGAUCUGUAUACGGAAGGUGUUUCGUACUGUCGACCAGAGGGAUAUUAUUUCUGGUUCUAUUACUUUUUUAUGAAUUUUAUUUGGAUGGCUGUCGGGACUUACUAUGCGACGCAGAGUGUGAAGGCGAUUACGAAGGCUUUUGCAAGAGUUGCGGUGGUUGAUGGUGAGGAAGCCAAGAAAAAACGGUGA